ACGGUUGAUCGAACAGAAGUCAUGUCGCAUGAGUAGUCUAACGUUGGACGUAAAUAUUCAAACCAUCUAACGGAUUUAACUCGUAGACAGGACGAAUGUAAGCCAAAAAUGAGUGUCCUACAUAAAAGCGUGGUGUCGAUAAAGAAUAAUAAUGAACGACACUGCAGAAAGGGAUCGGAUCCGCUCAUACAGACGGCUAGAGGUAAAUUACAAACGCGAAGAUCAAAACUUAAUGAUCAGAUUGAUAAAGAACUGCGGAUGAGAAAUGGAGCGGAAAAUCUUUACAGAGCUACUGGAAACAAGAAACUACGUGAACAGGUUGCUGUGGAGUUAUCUUUCUUCAACUCUAACAUCCAGUUAUUAAAAGAAGAGUUAGCAGAGUUAAACAGUUCCGUACAUAUCUACCAACAUGACAAUUGUUCUAAAUGUGUACCUAUGAUACCACUUGGUUUGAAAGAGACAACAGAAGUUGAUUGUUCUGUUCCGAUACAGGAUUUUCUAUUAGAACAUUACAGUGUAGAUCCUGCCUUGUUCCAAUCUGAACUACAAGAAUUACACCUUAUUAGACAGGCAAUCCGUACACCAAUACGUGAUACAGCUGGUCUAGAUUUGUUGAUUGAAUAUUUUAAUCAACUUUAUUAUAUCGAAAAAAGAUUUUUUCCCACAGAUAAACAUUUGUCAAUUCACUUUCACUGGUAUGACUCGUUAUCAGGUGUUCCCAGUACCCAGAAAGCUAUAGGUUUUGAGAAAGGCUGUGUUUUAUACAAUAUUGGUGCCUUAUAUACACAGUUAGCUUGUAAACAGGAUCGUACGAUAAUAUCUGGAUUAGAUGGCUCCAUUAAAUAUUUUGUAAAAGCUGCAGGAGCGUUUCUCCAUCUGGAAUGUCAUUUUCGUAAUGCACCAAGUAUGGACAUGCAACCGCAGACUCUUGCGAUGUUAGCAGCCUUGAUGCAGGCACAAGCCCAGGAAUGUGUUUUAGAGAAGUUUAUCAUGAAGACCGUCCAAGAUGGAAUAAUAGCUAAUACUAAAAUAGCACAAGAAGCUGCAUUGGUAUCAGAAAAAUAUCGUGAAACCCACAGAUUGAUGCUCAGUGAGUUGGUGAAGAGUUAUAUCCCCUUUUCAUGGAUUUCAAUGGCCCAGACAAAACACUACUUUUAUAAAGGCCUGGCACAUUAUUAUAUAGCUACAGGCUUACUCGAUCAGAAGGAUAGCGAUGAUAUUGAAAAGUUAAAGACCAUGUUUCAAGGUUUAUUGAUCGGCGCCGAAGGUCGUGAUGAAAACAACGGACUAAAAUUACCCACAAACAGUGAAGAUAGAAAAAUUCUUGGAAAAGCUCAUCUAAAGGAAUCAGUAUUAGGUCACGAAGAGGCACUGCGUGUACAUGACUUGUGUAAGCAGCUAAGAAAGGUUGAUCAUUUCGGGGAUAUUUUACAAAAAACACAUGAAAGAGCUUUAAAGAAGUUUUCCGCUCUAGAAGAAGAAGAUGAUUUUUCUGAUCUGGUAACCGUGGCCAGAAUACAGGGUAAAUCUGAAAAUGAUGUUGUUUCAGUCACUCCAGAAUUCUCUAAAGUUAAAGUUACAGAUAUCUUCAAACGAUUAGGUCCUAUUUCUAUAUUUAAUGUUUGA